AAUCCAGAUUACAUUGUCUCUCUCAUCCCUAAUCUGAUCCCUCCCUCCCCCACGUGUUACUAUGGCAACCCUUACCCUGACAGCUGGAGGGGUCAACAGAUGGUAACCAUGGGGCUCAGGGUGAUGACAUCAUCAGAUAGUGACUAGGACAGAUUUAAAAACAUUACGGUACACGAUACCCAUGAGCCUCGGCUGCGGUUGCCAUGGAGACUUGGCCGGUCAGAGGUGUGAAUCGGACUUCAUCUUUACCUUUCACUCUGCUGGAGACAGCCAAUCAGCUUCCAGCUCUGUGUUGUUACUGUCUCUCAGGUGAAUCACCAUGACGACAGAGCCAGGUGAGCCACAGGAAGCCCAGUCCAAAGAGACAGAGUCUUUCCCUGAGGCCGCCGCCCACUCCACACCUAAACAGGGAGGGGAGGGCAGGCCAUCACAGAGCCAAGCUCAGAGCUCAUUGGCCGAGGACUCGACGAGUCACCUGUCGUCGAGCAGUCGGGUCGCUCGCUCUCCGGCCAGAAACCCACUGAGCUUUAGGACCAUGCAGACCAGAGUGAGCCUGCUGGACGGAGCGCUGUUCACCUGCACGGUGGAGAAACGAGCUCGCGGUGUUCAGUUGUUUGAGAAGGUUUGUGAUCACAUCAACCUGCUGGAGAGAGACUACUUUGCUUUGUCUUUCAGAGAUGUCGACAACAACAAGAACUGGUUGGAUCCAGCAAAGGAGAUGAAGAAGCAGGUCAGAGGUGUUCCCUGGAACUUCUCCUUUAACGUCAAGUUUUACCCUCCUGAUCCCGCCCAGCUCUCUGAGGACAUCACCAGGUACUUCCUGUGUCUCCAGCUCAGACAGGAUAUAGUUUCUGGUCGUCUUCCAUGUUCGUUUGCAACUCACACCAUCCUCGGCUCCUACACCAUCCAAUCAGAGCUCGGAGACUAUGAUCCUGAUGAGUGUGGUUCAGAUUACGUCAGUGAACUCUGUUUUGCACCAAAUCAAACAAAAGAGAUGGAGGAGAAGAUCAUGGAGCUGCAUAAAACAUACAGAGGAAUGACACCAGCUGAAGCAGAGAUGCACUUCCUGGAUAAUGUAAAGAAACUUUCCAUGUACGGAGUCGACCUUCAUCACGCAAAGAUGGUAGGAAGUCGCUUUGACUGCUUGCCUUCAGCUCAGUCAGAGGACUCGGAGGGCGUGGCCAUCAUGCUGGGCGUGUGCAGUAGCGGUCUGCUGGUCUACAGAGACAGACUGAGGAUCAACAGAUUCUCAUGGCCGAAGAUCCUGAAGAUCUCGUACAAAAGGAACAACUUCUACAUCAAGAUCCGACCUGGGGAGUUUGACCAGUUUGAGUCUACUAUUGGUUUCAAGCUGCUGAACCACAGAUCAGCUAAAAGACUGUGGAAAGUCUGUGUGGAGCAUCACUCCUUCUUCAGGCUGAUGUCUCCAGAAGAGACCCCUAAGAAGUUUCUGUCUCUGGGUUCAAAGUUUCGUUACAGCGGCCGGACACAGAUUCAGAGUCGCAGAGCCAGCGCUCAAAUCUCCAGACCUGCACCGCAUUUCCCACGAUGCAUCAGCAAGAGGAACAUUCUGAGCCGCAGCCUGGAUGGAGCUCCAAGGACCACGCCCACAUCCUCUUUGAUUGGCUCUCCAGCCAUCACAAUGUCCCCCAAAGCCAACGGUGGUACAUAUACAGAUAUGGGAGCGGGGCUAUACGGAGCGUCUAAAGCCAUCGCCGUCAGUGACCUCAUCACCACGGUAACGCCUGAGAGGACAAUGGAGGAGAGGAGCGCGGAGCAAGUUGAGGAAGUGCUGGUGGUGGAAGAGGAGGUGCAGGAGAGGAUGGAGGUGGAUGAAGAGGAGCUGCAGCAGCAGGAGGAGGAAAAGGAGGAGGAAGAGGAGGAGACCAGAGCGACAGACAUUUCUCAGCAGAGUCCUCCGACUCCUCAGAAACAGGACACCAAGACUGAGCUGACUGAUACAGCUGUUGAUGGAGACCUGACUGCAACCGAGUCGGAUCAGGAGGAGGACUUGAGGACUCAGGAGACGUUGGGGAGUCCAGAGGAGGAGCAGACGCCUCAGAGCACCAUCAGCGCUCUCCGACGCUCCUUCUUAGAGGGAGGAGGAGGAGGAGGAGGAGGAGGAGGAGGCAUGACAGAGUGGGAGAAACGUCUCGCCUCCUCACCUCUACGACGAGUUGACGAGUCCCCGAUGAUCGAACCGCUGGAACCAGACGAGCCAAUCAGAGAGAAGAGCUACACCGUGGGGCGGAGCUACGACACAGCCUCCGGAAGGGUCGUUACCAUGACGAUCAAAGACGACAACUCUGACGUCACCAUGACGACAGCGAGUAUCGAGAUGGGCAGGCAGGUCAAAAUCCUCCCGUUGUCCACCGCUGAUGAUGUCAUCAUAGGGGGACCGUUGAUCACGAUUCGCGAGGUCAAGACGCCGACCUCGCCGUCGGAGCCGCCGGCCGGCGUCUGUGGCGUCAGCGGUGAUGUCAUCGGUGGAGAUAACCCCAGAGGAGGCGGAGCCUCUGUGAUCUCACCCUUCACCUCCCUCCACAUCCUUCCUCCUAAACCCCCUCUCAGUCUAAGCCCCGCCCUCUCGCCGGGUCACCUGACAGGCAGGACGUCACCCUCCACGGCCAGAGUGCCUAAACCUACGAUGGAUGAAAUGUCUCCUGAACUGACGGCUCUGCUGACCUCAGCCAGAGAACUGAAGACCUUCAGAGAACACAACCUGCUGAAGACGUCAGAGAAGGUGGAGACGGUCUUCCUGAUGACGGAGCCAUGUGACCUGGACCAGCCAAUGGUGGACCAGCCUCAGGAGGUCCCAGUGAUGAGGAAGACUCUCACAUAUGAAGCUCCCGGGAGCCACGGGGACUCCGAUCCUCCUGCAGGGUUACUGCUGAGCUCCCAGACCUUCACCGCCGAGACCUCCAACACUACGACCACCACACACAUCACCAAGACAGUCAAAGGAGGAAUUUCAGAAACCAGAAUCGAGAAGCGAAUCGUAAUUUCUGGAGACACAGAAAUCGACCAUGACCAGGCUCUGGCAGCAGCGCUCAGCGAGGCGCGGAGGCAGCAUCCUGAGCUGUCGGUCACACGAGUUGUCGUCCAUAAAGAAACAGAGGUCUCUCCUGAUCAUGUGAUCGAUUAGUGACAUCACAGGACUGAAUCUAGAAGCCUCUGGUGCAUUAUGGGAGUUGUAAUCCGGACUACGGAGCCACUGACGGACACUGAGACACUGUUUGCAACGGAUGGACUAAAACUGAGGAUUCACUCACACACACACACACACACACA